AUCGAUUCCUGCAACCGUUUUGCUGUUUGCAAGUGCGGACUUCCGCACAUGGCAAUUGCAGUCGGCCGGGCACAAUCAGCCGAUGCAACACCGAGUACCUAAACGUAUAAAUGGAGCAUUGUAAAAACUAGAAGCUCUACCGACUCUGAGGCAAAUGUCCAAUAUGUAAGCCUCCAUCCCGGUGCCACGAGUUGCCGCCAUUUUCUAUCCCUCCCCCCGUCGCGACCCGAAGAAAGCCAAAUGCCCAUUUAUGCCCCAAUUUAUUUAUCGCCAAAAUGAACAGUAACCACAUUCUGAAGCUGGUGAAUGAGAAAGUGAACACCGAAGACUUAAUAUACGAGGUGGAGAGACACCCUGAGAUAUGGAACACUGCGCUCGAGGAAUACGGAAGUAAAGUCAAGCGGAAAGGCGCCUGGCAUGACAUUGCGCGGAAUUUCAUGCCGGAUUUUCAUGACAAGACGCUUCCCGAGAGAAGAGAGAUAUUGUCUGUUAUUCAGAAGAAAUGGAAGGGUAUCCGUACUUGUUAUUGCCGAGAACUACUGAAGAGGAAGAAGGAGAAGAGCGGCUCAGAGGCAUGUGGACGGAAGCAGUAUGUCUACUUCGAAAACUUACAUUUCCUGGGAAGCGUACCCAAGCAGACCACAAGCACCGGGGACGAGGGAUUUGCCGCAAGCACUAGUAUGGAUAGCGAGCAUGAGGUAGUGCUAGAUUCGAGCCCGGGGAUGCCAAGGGACGACUGGGAGGCUGAAAGACCCAGAAGUCGAUAUUUGAGGAAGAGAACUCACUUAGAGGAAGAGGGUGAGCUUGUUCAUGUCCUCAAGAAAAUUCUUAAAGAGGGUGAAGCAUUACCAAGUGAAAAGGAUGAGGAUAGAUUGUUCUUGCUCUCUCUCGUGUCAGAAUUGCACAAGGUCCCUGCGGACAAGAAGCUCAAACUAAAAUCUGACAUCAUUACUGCUAUCGCUCAGGCACAACAGGCUUAAUCACACACACACAUAUACAUACACUUACAUAUACAUAUACAUACAGACACACACAAAUCUAAAUAUAUAGACACACACACGCACACACAUACAGAGGGAGAGACAUAAAGAGAAGAGAGAGUAAGUAUAUAUGUGUGUACAUAAGUACAUACAUAGCAUUCUGUGAUGUAAUUAAUAUUUCCUAGUGAAAUGUACAUAUACUCUGUGAGUAUGGUAACCAGUGAAAUAGAGUACCUUUGCUAUGCUUUGCUUUAUAAAUUUCCUUCUUAGACCUUGAGGCUGUUAGAUGAUUUAAUAUAUUUCAUCAGGCUUUUAACAGGAACUUGCAUGGUUCUUGUUUGUGAGGUAAAGAUUUUUGUCCUGUACCACAAGAGAAUAUUUCUGUCUUCAACACAUUAACAGUGUAUGACUAACUUAUAGAUUAUAAAUUUCUUUCUGAGAGUUGUACAUCAACAUUUUAUAAAUGACUUUGUGUAUAAUUCUCUUAUUACUGAUGCAUUAUCACCAAUGUGAAAAAAGUUCUGGAGUGUCAGCAAGCCUAACUAAAUGAUUAUUAUAUAGCAC